CCUCUCUCCUCUCUCUCUCUCUAAACUCGCUUUUAAAUCUCUUCUCCGAUCAAAAGCAUCACAUAAUGAAAAGUGGCAACCCGAAUAAUGAAGAGAAGCCACCUACCCAUUCUUCGGCGUUACGAGAGAGUGAUGAAUUUGCAUCAACAAACAGGCAGAAUGAAGCUACUGACAGGAAUGGGAUUUUACAUAAUGGUAAUGAUGCUGAAGCUGAUCCUUUGUCCUUCCAGUACCUGCCACUGCCGGUUGCUCCUUUUCCUGGGAUGAACAUGAACAGGGCAUAUCAAUCUUACACAGGUAACAUUCCUGAGUUGGGUAGCAACUUGAUGACUGAUUUCACCCAGCUCAAUAACUUGCAAAAUCCCCAAUUUCGCCCAAAUUCCCUAAAUAGCAGGAGUAACAUACCCAACCAACAUAGGCCAUUGUUACAUAUUCCAUGUCAUGAAGAGAACCUGAAGGGGAUGUGUCCAUCGCAGACUCAUGAUAAUAGAGUGACGUCUGGUAAUGUGAUAAAUAGUACCACCCAUUUCAAUAGCAUUCAGAACCCUCAGUAUAACAGAAAUUCCGAACUGAUCAGAGGUGAUGCAGCUGGAGGUUAUCAAAUAUCCGGGCAGGGUGGAAAAGCAAAUGGUAGUAAUUUUCAUGGGCCGCAGAUCACUAGAAAUUAUGUUAGCUCAGGAGGUAGUGCACCUAUGCCGUAUCAUAACCAAAAUAGAGGAGAUCUCCAUAUUAAUAACAAUGUGAAGGUCAGUGCAGUUCCAUUUCGUUCUCCUGAAGAAGUUGAUGGUAGUUUUUUGACACUUGGAGUUGGAUGUGACACAGAACCUAGAUCUAGAUUUGAUCUCAACAGCGAAGAGAUUACUAAUAAAUCGGAUGAAGCUGUUUCUUCCCAGUUGAAUAUUGCCCAUGCUCAACAAACCACAAGAAAUUCCUCAAAUUUAGGUCUCAACUUGGCUGGCGGAUUUUCAAGGUUCCAAAAUAAUGUUGGUGGAUUUUCAAGUCUGGUGCACAAUGCAGGUGGCCAGAACUUGUCUAGAGAUAUCUGUGGUACUAACGCUGGUCCGAGUUCAAGCCCAUUCCAUAGCUUACAAAAACCACAAGUUGAUAUGCAAUAUGAUUUUCCUAUGUCCAGCAACAGGAAUUUAGGUUUUGUCAGUGGCACAGAUGCAAGAUAUGCAAAUGUAGGUCCUUACAGGGGACUUCUAGGUAAUCUGACUGCAUCUUCAGGACCAUCUGCUAGCAUCUCAGCUGGAUUAGUUGAUUCCAGGCAACCCAGGUUGUCUGGGUCAGCAUCAGAGUCUUUCAAACUUAGAGAGGCCAUUACUCAACCAAUUUCUGACCAACUGCAGAAAUGUUCUACGGAAUCUGUCCAGAACCUCUCACCAGAGUCUUUGAUGGUUUCUCCUUUUGUUGGAAUCAGAGGAAGCUCCACCAGGCAAGAUCAUUCAGGGCAGCUGUUUUCUGCUCAUGAUGGAAGAGCCACUCAAGCUGUUGGAGGUGGUGGGCUGUUUCCCCAUACGAUGAGGGUUCAAGUUACUGAGGGUCAUGCCGCUCAAGCUGCUAGGGGUGUCAUGUUCCCCAAGAGGCUAGGGAUUCAAGAUAAUGAUGGUAUUGCUGGUCAAGCUGCUGGAGGUGGUCUGCUUCCCAAGGGGAUAGGCAUUCAAGUUUCUGAGGCUAGUGCUACUCAAGCUGCUGAACGUGGAUUGUGUCCCAAAGGGAUAGGGCUUCAAACAGCUGGUAAAGUAGGUCGACCUCAAGGUAUCAUACCUGAUCAGUUUGCUAGAAAUUUUUGUGAACCUGCAUUUUCUACUGGUCAACUUCAAGACAAUGCGCCUGUUCAGUUUCCUGUACAUUUUCGGGGACCCCCUCUAGCUACUGGUCGUUCUCAAGAAGGUGGGCCUUGUCAUUUUUCUAGAGAUUUUCUUAGACCUGUUUCUACCACAGGUCAAGUAAGAAAUGCAAAUGAUAGUGGACUAUCCCAGGGUUCUAGUGUUCUUGGUGGACCAUUUUCUAAGAGGGGUGCGAUCCAACCCCCACCGGCUGUUCCCAGGGUUCAGCGCAGGAGGAUAUCCUUUCAACCUCCCGUUCGUCCAUCUAAGCCUUCGCCAAAUUGGACUGCUCGUGCUGUUUCGAUUCCUAUGCCUUUGCCAGAUGUUCCCAUUCCCACACCUGCGCCAGAUGUUCCCAUUCCUACACCUGCUUCUGCUCCUACUCAUCUAAGAUGGCAAGGUUUUGAUGGACUUCCUCAACUAACUGGACAAAAGUGCGGCUUAUGCAUGAGGGAUCUUUCAUUCAUACCACCACCUGGCCCUGUAUACCAGCCGAGUAAUAAACCACCUGUUGCUGUUCUUCCAUGUGGCCACACCUUCCAUGACCAUUGCUUGCAGAUUAUCACCACCGAGGAACAUUCCAAAGAUCCUGAGUGCAUUCCUUGCGCUUUUCAGAGGAAAUAAUUUUUUUGGUACCGCUCAAUUUUGCAAUUUUCAAGAGAGAGAAAAAGUCCAAAUCUCUACAGCAUUUAUCAAAAGAAGAGAAGGAGAAAAAGAAAAAGGAAAGGAAAUAUGAGAAUUCUUAGAGAUGAAGAGCAAUUGGAGUAGGGUAAUAACUGUACAUACAGAAAGUGAAGGUAAUAUGGUCCCAAAGGUGGAGAUAGUAGUUAAGGCACUUAAGGUGUACAUUAUAACCACCCUUUUUUCAUUACAAAAACUUUGCUAAGCAGGGAGCUUUAUUACUACUAUAUGCUUAAAAAAUGGAUAUCGAAUUCUUUUUACCUUGAUCUCAAAAGUGGAAGUUUGUAAUAGUUGAUUGUUAUCUCUAUUUGUGCAUUCCGGUUGCAUUUUUGUUACCACGGAACUUUAACUCCGUUAUGUAUUACUAGUUAGGGGGUGCCAUAUCCCCAUUUGGCAUAUGGAUUUAAAGCACUGGACUACAGCUUACAGAUUUCUUAACCGCCUGAUAGGUUUUGUUAUGAAAUGAAUGUUUUCUAUUCUCAGCCAAGGCCCUUGGUUCGUAAUGUUGUGGUAUCAAUUAGCUCUGCCUGCUGCUUGAACUUUACUUUGACUGGCCGCCUUCAACAAUUGAGCAGCAACAGCAGCAUAUGCAAGAGAAUCCCAAAAUUGGCUGAACUUGAUGUAGCUUUGAUAGGGCCUGCCUUCUCCUUCUAAGUACUAGCUGAAGAUAUCCUCUUUAAAGUGGAUAACGAUCUACUACUAGUUGAGCUUUUACUGCUGGAGCCAGGACCCGAUACCUUAAAGAACCUGAUUAGCAGGUCCUCCUCUUGAGCCCACAAAAUUGGUUUUCUCAAUCACGUUCAUGGUGCUUGUGUUUUUUUUGGCCUGAGAGAAAGGGAUCAUUGAGUUUCGUUACUCCAUGUCAAGAGGGAUUAUUGGGUAUCCUUGCUUCGUUGUCAUCAUCAGCGGUUCCUCCAACCUUUCCAAGAGGUAAACUCCAUGAUAAAUUUAGUUAUGAUCACCAACUCCAUAGAGAAAUUUAGAGAUGGAAAGUGUUGCCAAUCUUGAACAAGUUUCAUGAUUGGUUUAGGCAGAGACAUCGGAUUCCCUUCUUCUGCAAUGCUGAAGGGAGGACAUUGUGAAAUUGUUCUUUGCCAAUGUCUUUGUCAUAGAUCGGAUGUUGUAUCAGCUUCUUUAUGAUGUGAAGGGAGAACUAGCACCUUAGGCUAUGAUAUGUCAAGAGUACCACUAUGUCUGGAGGUGAAUAGGUCUUCUGAAACUUUAACUACCAAUAACGAAACUGUAACUACUAUAUUCAAGCAACCUAUAAUCAAAUU